GCGGCAGUGCGCGCGUCGUCUAGCUUGGUGACUGUCACACACAGACACACACACAGACGCAGCGCAAUAGAAGAUUGCAAAUACCGGAAGUUGCCGACCCUUGUGCCGAAUGUGACCGAAGUCGCGAGUUGUGUGUUGUUUGUGCGGUUGUGUACCUUGCUCGUCGUGUGUGGCUGACUGAGAGAGAGAGAGAGAAGUGCUGACACUCUACUUGUCGUGUUGUGUGUACUGCUGGCCAUCUGAAGAAAGUUUCCAAAGUUGUUUCUGGAUAUGUGGAAUUCCAUGGAUUAAUGUGUGUUUCCUCCUAUGUGCUUCCGAAUUCGGGAUAUGAGUUUGAAAGAACUUUGUACGGUUUGCUUUUGACGAAAAAAGGAGAUCUUCAGUGGAGAGGAUGCAUGAAACAAGGGUGCCGACUUCUGUCAUCUUGUUGGUAUUUUUGAUGUCAACGCUGGAGGUCCCAACGAGGGCAG